CUAUAAAUUCCUUCCCGUUGCAAAAAGGGGAGGAGACCAUGCCUCCACUGUUCCACAAACCUCUCCCUCUCCCUCUCCCGCUACAAAAACCCUCAACAAAUCCAAAUCACAGAUUUCAACUGCCCAAUCAAUAACCUUCAAUCCACCACCAAAUCUAAAGUGGUCAAUUGUAUUUCCACUGCAUUGCAUCUCCCACAACUCACCAGAAAAAAUAAAACCAAACCACCUUUCAAAGUCUCAAGCUUUUCACCUCCGAUGGGGUUUGUCACCUGCUGGUUUCUCCAAUCCAGUUCUUCUCUGGCAGCACCUCCAAAUCCCUCCAAGGUCCAAACCCCACAACCCCUUUAGUAUUUAACACUAUGAAAUUUUCAUUUUUCAGCCAAAUCCCACUUUCCUAACCAAAUCCCACGCACCCGUUUUCUCACCCUCACUCCCACUGAAACACUCAUCAGCAAAAUCCCAGAUGCAAAUCCCACUCUGAAAUCAAAACUUCCCUAAUGCCAAAGUCUGUAGAAAACCAGGAUGAACCCAACACGCAGAGCAUCAAGAUCUGCACUCCCAUCUAUUUCUGGCCGCAUUUACCGGCCCCCAUCAACCCUUUCAACGAUCUCUUCGUUCUUCCCAUGAAGCGCUCGGUCCGCCCAUUAUUCAGCAUUCUCCUUCUCAUUGUGUUCGCCGCCACGCUGACUUGCCGGAACGCCGUCCGCCAUACCUUUGAGCUCGAGAAGAAGGUGCUAAUCCAACCGCCAAAGCCGGUGUUCAAUGCCACUCUGCUCAGAUUCGCCGCCGUUGAUGCAGGCGAAGCUGAAGCCAAGAAGGAGAUAGAGCAGCUGUUGGAGGGUAACCUUCUCGGACGGUACCGGACUUUUGCUUCGUGGAGGCGAUUUAAUCACCAGGAUAUCAGAACAAGGACGUCCGUUGGAUUGCCGGUAAUGCUCCGCUCUCCUCAGUUCUAUCGUUAUUGGUUGGAUUUUAGGAGGGUUUUGAGUGACUGGUCGAGAAACAAACGGUUUCAUGCUGAUGUUAUGUUGGAUUUAGUGAGACUUGUUAGGCCGCCCAUUGACAGGCACAAUGGCUUGGUGGGUUCGGAGCAACGGCGUUAUUCGUCGUGUGCAGUUGUUGGAAACAGUGGAAUUUUGUUGAACAGUAAUCAUGGAGCUCUCAUUGAUAGUCAUGAGGUAGUCAUUCGAUUGAACAAUGCUAGAAUUGAGAGUUUUUCGGAGAAAGUUGGGUCGAAAACCAGCAUUUCGUUUGUAAAUAGUAACAUUUUGCAUCUUUGUGCUAGGAGAGAUGGUUGUUUUUGCCACCCUUAUGGACUAAAUGUGCCAAUGAUCAUGUACAUUUGCCAACCGCUGCAUUUCUUCGAUUACACGAUAUGCAAUGUGUCCCACAAAGCGCCUUUGCUGGUGACUGAUCCGCGGUUUGAUGUGUUGUGUGCGAGGAUCGUGAAGUAUUAUUCGUUGAAAUGGUUUGUGGAGGAGACGGGGAAGUCGUUUGAGGAAUGGGCUGCUGUUCAUGAUGGUUCCGUGUUUCAUUACUCUUCCGGUAUGCAGGCUAUCGUGCUCGCUUUGGGGAUUUGUGACAAAGUUAGUGUUUUUGGAUUUGGGAAGUCGGAUUCAGCUAAGCAUCAUUACCAUACGAGCCAGAAGGCCGAGCUUGGGUUGCACGAUUAUCCAGCGGAGUACGCUUUCUAUCACGAUUUAGUUGAGAGACCGCAGGUAAUACCGUUCCUUUCGGAGAAAUUCAAGAUUCCUCCUGUGGUUCUAUAUUAAUGACAUUAUGGCAGUUGAAUCACAUGGUUUUGUGGAAUUAGGUGGUUUGAAUUGUUGUAUUGUUGUUGUAAUACUAAUCCAAUUGUUUGAAGAUUUAUCUUUAGCACUUUGACCUCUACUAUCAAUAGUUUUGGGAAAUGUCCAUUGUAAAAUUCGAAUUCAAAUCCGAAUCAGUUCUCUGUUUUUCAA